GCCGCGUUGGGCCCAGCUCCCGACCGUAAUACUGUAGUUCUUCAGCCGCACGUGAUCGUGUUCCUCAGUGGCCGCCGCGGAACUAGGAAGCGGUGGGUUUCUUUGUCGUCUUCCUCGCCCGCGGUGGCAGCUAUGGGCUCGGCCACUCUUCUGCUGCCGCUGCUGACCGGCGUCUUGCUGGGCCUACGUGCCGGGGAGAGCCUCAUCCCCGGUCGACAUUCGUUUCUGCAAAGUGGUUUGGAAGAAAUAGUUUCGGGAGGCCGGCACUCCGCUUGGCCCUUGGCCCUGGAGGACCUGUCUUCGCUCGAAUCGGGGUUCUUAGGGGUUCUGCUGCAGGAGCCGCAGCUGGAUCCAGAGUGCAAGGAACUCUUGAACGCCUUCGCCAAUAGCAGCCUAAGAUUGGCUAGCUGCUUAAUCCAGAGAGCCCGGCCUGUGACGCUGUGCCAGAACUGCUACCACCAAUUCGGGGAAGUCAUGCAGCAGUUCGAGAACAUCGAGAAUACUACUAAGAGUAACCGAUGUGCCCAAAGUCUCUUGAUGUCAGACAGGCUGCAGAUGGUUUCACUUGUGAACAAGUUUUUUAAUGACACAUGGAUAAAAGCUAGCUGUGCAAAUUGUUUAGAGAAGAACAACGAAGGCUUAUCGGCUGGUACAGUGACGUUCCUGGCCUUAUACAAUGAAUCAAUGACAUGCUUUAAACAGAACCUCCAGGAAGGUAACCUGCUACCAAGAAACUACUCAGUGAUCUGCAAGAACUGCAAUGCUACAUAUAAAAACUUGAGUUCCCACUACAGUAAGAUGCAGAAGAGGGAGCAGCAUGAGGAAUCUGGAGAACAGUUUUAUUUGUGCAUUGAUAUAGAGGAUGCAAUGAACAUCACACGAAGGCUGUGGAGCACAACUUUUAAUUGUUCUGUCCCCUGCACAGAUACAGUGCCAGUGAUUGCAGUUUCUUUGUUCAUUUUCUUUCUACCACUUGUUUUCUACCUGAGUACCUUCCUUCACUCAAAGCAGAAAAAACGUGUCCUGAUUCUGGGUAAGCGAAUCCACUCAAAUGCCAGCUUUGCGAACAUCCAAGAUAAAACCAACUGAGCUUUGGGAUACAAUAGGAUAUUAAUCUGAUUGCUCUGAAGACAGUUAUAAUUUAACUUUACAUUAUGUUGUAAUAAAAGACUGUGUGUCUCAGAUAGGUGUAUGCACUAUUGUGCAGUAGUUCUCGGGGAUGACAUGACCUCCAGAGACAAAAAAGAAACUAUAUUCCUUCCUUCAAUCCUUGAACACUUGUCUUACUUCCAGAUUGGUAAAGCUUUUAUACUUUAUAUAAUUGAUUAAUAACAUUGACUUUUGUGUAUGAUGAGCUUACAUGAACAUUCCUUUCUAAUUCUUAACUGAAUGCUGAUUUAUUUCAGUUAUCAUUUUUGAAAAAUGAAAAAAAUGAAUUCAAUGGCUUAAUAUUUAUCAGCAGACAAAUCUUAGUGUUUAGUCAACAUUACUACUAAAAAUGCUCAUAGAAAUAAACUUUCAAUUUUAUAUACUA